AUGUCUUCUAACAAAGCUGCAUCAUGGAAGCGAUGUCCCAUUGGCGAACUCGCGAGGAAACGAAAACUUUUGAGAGAUAGUUACCUUCAAGCUGAUGUCAAACGUGUAGAAUUGGUAAACGAACUGGACUGUGUUCAUCACGACAUAGAUAAAAUGUCAAAAAGGGUGAGGAAAAGUUAAUAUUCAUUACUAAAAAUACUUAAAUAUUUUGUUUAGCAAAUUUCACAAAUUCAUUUUAAUGUGCAAUGUAUUUGUGCAAUGUAGAAGACUGUGCAUUGUAUAAAUGUGUUUUACGCUACUGAUUGAAGAACAAUAAGUAGGAUGAAUAAAUGCAGGCUAAUAACCAUGUCCCUUGCAAUAUUGACAUAAUGACAUGUGAAAAAUUAAUUUCGCGAAUUAAAGGUUCUUAUAACAAUUAAAUUGUUAGAUUGAUCGCCAUAAGGAGAAGUUAGCUGAUCUGUGUUUAAAUGAGCAGGCGUUGUCUGAAAAACGAAGGCGACUUGAACCAAAAACCUUUGCAGGAUUUUCAAAAAGGAAGGAAACAAUAAGACAGAUGACACCAUCCACAUUAUGUCCGGACAACUCUGAGAAGCUAUGCUCGGAUAUACCAGUAAGAUCUGCACAAAGAAGACGUAAAGAAACACUGGACGCCUCUAAAAUUAUUCACGGAAACAGUGAAGGUAUAAUGGUACUCUCAUAUUAAAAGUAUGAAAUAUACCUACAGGUAUAUUACAGAAUAUGGUCCCAUCUGGCUAAAUAUGCGGAUAAUACAAAUCACUCUUAGGGGCUGUUUACAUGAGCCUCGGCUGACUGGGCUCCCCCGUUGGCUCAGACGGGAUCUCAGUAAACCAGGCCCAUAAUUAUACACUAAAAUGUUAUUUUUAAAGGAAUUCAGAAAGAGCCCCGGUGCCUCGGAUUAAUGUAAAGAGCCCCUUAGUGCUGGUAUAAAUAAUACUUGCACACCCACAUUCACAUUCUGACCAAAAAUGGUAAAGCUGCCCUUGAUGGUUUAUGGGUAACGUUAGCCAAUGAAUGUUUUGAACAACAGCUGCAUUCAUAUGUUGAAGCAUCACCCAAAAUGCAAAAGAUUAUUCCCAUGGUAGUUAAAACACAAACUAAGAGAGCCAUGAUAACAUGGUAAGAAGCUUGAAGGUCCUGUAUACAAAAGGACUUCUCUCAAAAGAAAAAUACAAAGCUAUAUGUCCAAGCAUUAUUUCAGUACCAUGCACAGAAUCUUCUCCUACAAUCACUAAUGCAAAACUUGUAUACUACGAUAAGCUUAUUGCAUUUGUUAAGUCUGUCGACAUUGACGAUAUCAAAGACUUUUCUCAUGCCUUUUGUCAAGGGUUGGAAGCGUUUGAAGAUCCAGUUAGUGAGUCUUAUAGAGAUCUCUGUAGUUAUCUUUUAGUAUUAGCAGAGCUAUAUAUCUUAAUUGAUCAAGCAUUAGGGUCUAACUCGUUUAUUAGGCAUUUUGGAAGCCUGCCAAUAUAUCACUUUAGGGUUGCAUUAGGGGCUGAUGGUGCUCCUUUUGGCAAAGAAGAAAAGGCUACAGCAUGGCUUGCCUCUUUAAUUAAUGCGGCACAACACAUUCAAAGUGAAAAUGAUAAUUUUAUCAUAUGUGGGGCAAAUUGUUCUGAAUGCCACAUAGGUAUGCAAAGGUAUGCUAAAAAGUUAGUGAGUGAAAUUUCAGAUAUUGAGAAGCAAUCAUACACUGUUGCUGGUUAUUUAGUAAGAUUUUCUGUAGAACUAAUCCCCAGUGAUAUGAAAUGGCUUUCCAUUAUGUCAGGGGAGCUUAAUAAUGCUGCUUAUUACUUUUCGCCAUUCGGAAAUGUAAACGAAGGAAACAAAUCUACUACAAAUGGGGUUUUAGGCAAAGAUUCUGCAUGCACAUGGCACCCAUGGGAUUAUGACGAGCGAAUUAAAUCUGCCGAAAAUGUUGCUAAUAAACGGGAGAGCUUAAAUCAAAGUAAGCUGUCUGAUGCAAGUAAACGAAAUAAGCUUUUGAAUUUCAUUAGAGAGCAGAAUUCAAGACAAGAGCAUGAACACAUCUUGGGUAAUCUCAUUGAUAAUGGGUUUGCAGAGCCACUCCACAAUAGUAACAACGGUUGGGGAAGCUUACAUAAUAUAAUGUUGGAAAUUGCUAUAGCUAAGUCAAAAAUCCCCCCUAGUGUCACAGAACUUAAUAGUUUACCUAGUCAAUGCAAGUUUAUUGUUUUUUUAACAAUACUGAAAGACACCUUACAUGUCACCAGGCUAGUUAAAAAGCUAAAGCAUUGGUUUAAGGAAAGUCGAAACAAGUCUUUCAUUUAUCGGUUCACUGGAAAAGAAACAAAACUAUUUUGCCAAAAAUUUGCAUUUGUUAUCCACUGCCUUAUUGAUAAAAAUGAUCCCCCAGAAGUGAAACAGAAAAUUUCGGCGCUAAAUUUCUGUUGCAUACAGCCUCGAGAUGCUACUGCAUAUUAUUCACGCGUUUUCAUUAAGUAAGAUGAAGUAGAAAAAUGUAAACAGGCCUGUCAAUAUUUCUUUAAUAUAUAUGCCCUUAUGUUAAGGUCAGUAACACCAACAGUUUGGACCAUAGGGUAUGCCAUUCCAGCACAUUUAGAAAUUCCAUUUCAGAGAUAUACAUUGGGUUUAGGCAUUAAUAGUAUGCAGAGAAGGGAGGCAAAGCAUGUUCGUCUCUCGCAAUUUGCUAAACACUCAACAAAAACUACCCGGUGGGCCAUGCUUUUGCGGCAUGAUUUCAUUGCAAACGUUUGGAUUCGCAAGCAAGAUCCUAGUUAUUGUACCUAUACAAAGUAUGAGCAUUGUUACAUACCCAAGGAAAUAGUCUUAGGUAACUUCUGCUACUGUGGUUUUCCUUUGGACCAACAAGUUACAGAGUGUUCUAUUUGUUCUUCAUCCAUGCAUAAGGCAAUUGCUAGGAGUGCCAGAGCUGGAGCUUUAGAACACACACAGAUUACAAGUACAGUAUGAAGUCAGCUGUUUUUUGCAAUAAUAUUGCUCUGGAUUACUACUCUAACUUUAUAGAAGUAGACAGAUUAUACUCGAAGACAAGCACUGAAGUUAUCCAAAAAUUAAAGGCACACAUGGCACGUUGCGGUGUACCUGAGCGGGUAGUCAGUGAUAACGGGCCACAGUACAGUUUCAGCGAGUUUCAGGACUUUGCUGCGCAAUAUGAAUUCGAACAUGUAACCACGUCGCCUCGAUAUCCUCAAUCAAACGGGAAAGCGGAAAGUGUGGUGAAGACAGCAAAGCGAAUUAUGAUGAAAGCGUUAGACGCGAAAGCAGAUCCUUAUCUGGCCAUGCUCGAACACAGGAACACACCAUCAGAAGGUAUGAGUACCUCGCCUGCACAACGAUUAUUUGGAAGGAGAACAAGAUCCACAAUUCUAACCUCGCGUAAAUUGCUUGAGCCUACCUGUAUGCAUUCUACAAAACAGGAGCUCCAACAGGCAAAAACUAAACAAGCUUACUAUUACAACAAGGGGUCUAAGAAACUUCCAACACUCAAGGUCGGUGAUGCAGUCCGUAUGAUGCCCGAGAAAGGAAAGAAAAGCUGGAGGAAAGGAAAGGUGAAAGCGAUUGUUAGUCCGAGGUCGUAUAUUGUUGCAACUGAUGAUGGAGGAAACUAUAGAAGAAAUCGCAGGCAUCUUCGAAAAACUGUGGAACGAGACGAGUUAGACGCAGACAUAGAAUUACCAAUGGAAGAACAUGAUGUACCAGACCAACAGCAGCUGCCAGAAUGCGAGGAACCGGUUGCUCAUGAACCUGGAGAGCAUGCAGCUCCCAAUGGUACAAGGAGAACAUCCAAUAGACAAACACGUAGACCAGCAUAUCUCGAGGACUAUGUCAUUGAAUCCUAAUGCAAGUUUAAUAAAUUAAAAACACGUUUAUGUUGAAAUUUGAAGGAGGAAGAUGUUAUGGGGUGUACUCAGGAACCUGGGACAUAAUUGCCCCUUAAAAUGAACAAGGACACCCCGAACCACAAUGUUUAUGUUAGGACUUGAUAUUCGUAAAAUAACAGUAUAGAACGUAUUGUUAUCGUCGGGAUUUAUGAAAUAAAAAAGCUUUUACAUGUUUAUACUUAACUUAACAAUGCUGGAACUUUUUAAUUUAAAAGUCGUGAAUAAAGAAGCGCCUUGGGCUUGUCUGACUUGGUAGAUCAACAACUGGAGUGGCGAAGCGAAACCGCGACGGUGUGAGUUCGAUUGUGUUUACCUUUGGAAUUUCCGAGUUUAUGUCUGAUGACUCCAUAAAUGGAAAUGUAUGAGGUAUUACUCCCUCGAAACAUGUUGCCAGAGUUGUUGUUGACAUUAUACCAGAAGCAUUUGAGGAAUCGGAAACCUUUUCGUUUAACGAAUUCAAAAAAGUGUGAUUGAGAAUGUGCUGCAGUUCCAAAGCCAAAGGCGAAAUGAUUGAUCAUGCAAAAGCUGCAUCAACAUCUUUUGUUCGAGCUCGUGCGCGCCAUGGGGAUGAUUUCGGAUGCUGUAUAAACAACAGAAGAGUUCAGAUCUCAAGAGAUUGACAGUAACGAGACACUAAUAUUUAUAUUAAAAUUUUGUGUUAUAAGAUUUUGUGUCAUAAAAAUGUAUGUUUUGAAAUUAUGAACUAGAACUAGAAGUAUGAAUUAAUUGAUAUUACUCUCAUAACAAUUCUGUUGAUGUUGGUUCAUCAUGUCUCUUCUUGACGGAGGGCAGUUGCUAAAUAUAUGUGUAUGGUUUGCUCUGUAUCAGAGCUCAUCAAAAUGCCAAGGAAACACUGAUGAAAUGUUGAUUUAUAUCAAUAAAAAAAUAACCUGGCAAGUUUUUAAAUUAUAUGUUCUUAUAUGCAGGCUUUUGCUUGCAAUUAGAGUGAAAACAAUUCUAGUAAUUAUUAGUUUCAAAAGUUUCUUAAUGUACAUCGUAUAGCCUAGGUUUCUGUAAUCAUAAUCGUUUAUAAACUAAAUAUCUUAGGGUAUGUGCUGCAUCGUACCCAGGCGCUUUAAAUAAUUACAUUACAUGAAGUAUUCAGGCAGGCAGGCGACGCGCGAAGGGGCUGUUGGGAAGGGUGCGUGCUGGGGAGCGCCUGGCAGUUCUUGUAUACUGUCAUGGCGGACAAACAUGGAAUUUAAUACAAAACGUUACCAUAUAUAUCGUCAUAUACUUAUUUUUUGACGAAGAGUCGAAUUGAACGCCAUUGGCAAAUAAUAAUAUACAUUUGUAGAUGUUCGAUGACAUACAAAAUGCGCGAAAUUUGAGUAAAUUACAUGGCAAGUUAACCGUGCGAAUAUUUCGAAUAUGUCAUUCGGUAUUACAUGGAGAAUAAUAGAAUGCUAUUAGUAUAAAACAGUAACAGAGAAAUGAUUAGAAAGUCAUAUAAUUCAUUUUGUAUUAAUAACUUCCUUAGCUGAAGGCUCGAUCAGUCGAUCACAAUGCCAAUGGCAAUUUCUAUUAAAUGUAUACUGUAAACAAAAGCCCAAGUAAAUAAAAGUUCACAGCCGUAAAGUUUGAAAUAUUUAUUACAACAGUGCAAUUUUAUAGUUUGUACCUUUAUAUAGUUAUAGUUUACAAAUAUAGAUCCUGCAAGUCUAGUUCUUCAACUCUUCGGUUGUUGACAUGUUAAUAUUGGAAUUUCCAUGGACUUUAAAUAAGGCAUAUGUCAUAUAUAUCGCCCUAUGUAAAGGAAUCCAAGAUGGUGUCGGAUUCCGGAUCCUGGCUCGUGGAUUCCGGAUCCUGAUCCGUGGAUUCCGGAUCCUGACCCGCGGAUUCCGGAUUCCUUCUUAAUAAUAGUCAGUGGAUUCCUUGACUAAUAGUUACUUUUUAUAAAGAUUUCAAUAACUAACCUGAAUAACAUCCGGUCAAAAUAAGGCUUUAUUAUAUUUUGUAAGAUUAGAGGACCUAAAACUGCUAAAGACUGCUGUAAACAUGCAUGCCAUAGUCUAAUACAUGUACAUCAGUAACCUUUAAACACUUUUAAAAAACAAAACAUGAUAUUAAAGCUUAUUACAUCAACAUAAUAACAAGAAACACUAAAUGUCAAUAUUACGAAGCAUUAUUCAUCAUUUGGUAAGUUCUGUUACCUAACGCAGUAUAAAACGACUAGUUCUUCUUCCUAACGAGCUCAUUCUUUCAUGUCUUAAUUAAUGGUCCUGUUUCUUGUGGUUCAGCAAAUACUCUUUCCUGCUCCUCUUCUUCAUCUUCACUUUCAUCAUGCCCGUUAGCAAGCCUACUCAACCGGAUGGCUUCGUUGGGAGACAAAAUAACAUUUCAACUGUCUUCAAGUAAGAAAUUGUCCACCUUUGCUAAGAUGCAGUUCGGCGAGUUUUCCAUUGAUAUGUCACCGCAAGUGUAAAUCAUUGGAUCUGUUGUUUGAUUAAGCCACUGAAAUUUUACAGCGUUGCUCUUGUAUUUUCUAGUAGCCAAUUCGACAUAAUUAUUUUGCAUCAGUACGGCAAGUCAAUAGGGGGACAAUUCUCUCCUACGAUUAUGUCUAACUGCAAUUACAUCAUCAUCUUUUAAGUAGACCACACGCACUCUUAUUGUUGUCUGUGCUUUGUCCUCAAUGUGCACCAUCGGCAACAAAACACACAGUUGUUACAUAUCGGGUAUGUUUGAUGGAUUUGAGAUGACUUACGGACGCAUACUCAGGGUGCACGGCAAAGUACCUGUCUGUUAAUUCUUUAGUCUUUGAGCGGACAUUUGUUUGUCGAACUCCUCUUCCAUGUUCUUGGAUAAAAUUUUUCAUCACUCUGCUUCUUCUCGUUUGUCUUCUUUGGCAUCCCCAGUUUCUGUUUGUGUGGAAGAUAUUCUGCUGGCCCUGUCAGACAAAUUUGGUGGUUCUUCGUUAAUAAUCUUCUCGGGAUAAAACGAAUAUGGGCCAGUGAAGUAGCUGAAGUGUUUCUCGGGUAAAUCCAAAGCACGCUAACUUCAACACAGCGAGCUCGCUUGUGUGCGUAUUCUGCAACGCAUACCUUCAAAGAAAGUCUCUACGCUUAAUGUUGUCAGGCUUGUGAAGCGAAUCUUGUUGGCCAAUUUAGCCAUUUCAUGUUGGAGUGGAAUCAGCCCUACUGCUGAAAUGACAAUGACCCUUCCAGAUCCUUAUCCAUAACAAACACUUUUGAAACGCCUUGGUACUGAGUGCACUCCUUUUGCAGGCUUUUUAAUAAUUCUGGUAUUUUACAUGUUUAAAUAUGUACUUCCAUAUAUCAGCCUCCUAGAGUUUAGAAUUCACCUCUAUAGCUUCAUAUUAAAGAUGAAAAAUAACAAUGAUCGGUUAUUAUUUAUAUUUCACUGUAUGUACUAUUAAAUUAUACCUGACUAACCUGAGAAUUGAACAACGGCAGCGCUAAAUAUUUAUGAUAUUUAAAUCUCAAAGGGAUAUAAAAGGGACGAUACUGAAGGUGGAAAAUGGGGGAGGGGGGUAUGGGUCACGUUUCACAAUGAAAACAAAAGCCGUUUCACCAAUUCACGUAUCUCAAAAAAGCAAUUUCACAUUUUACGGAAAUUCUAAUAAAAAUAAUAUAAUAAUAAUACUUAUUAAUAGUAUACUUAAUACAUGGUACAGCAUCUACGCUUUAAGUUAUCUCACUUCUCUGCCUGGCAGUUAAAAACUGCAUUAUAACUUACAUGUUUCAGUGACGUGUAUGUGCGACGACCUCCGAAAGGCCUGAGAAAUUUUUGCUCUUGUGCGAUCGAGUGAGAUCGAUCAUAUCAAUUAUUAUCGCAUAUUAUGUCUAUUAUGACUGUUAUAAAAUAGAUUGAAAUAAACAAAGUAAAAUCACAGUUCACAAAACAAACAUCCUUAAUUCUCAUUUCACGGAGCAUUUUUAUCGACAAUCACGCCUCACGGCUAUAGAACAAGUCACAUUUCACGACACCAAAGUCAAGCAUUUCGCACGAACAAAUAUUGACCAUUCACGACUCACGAAAAUGACCCUUUCCCACCCUCAAUACUCGGCUAUUCCGGUCAUCACUUUUCUCUCUACUUUGUUUCUUGUGCUUUUUUCCCAUUUCCUAGAAUAAUAUUUUAUAAAUACGUUUCAAUUCAACUCAAUAUCUUGGCAAAAAUAGUAGAAAACGAUCAGUGUUUCAAACGGACCAGUAAUUCGACUAAAGAUUCAACUAUUUCGGCGAGGUAGUCAACAAAUUUGCGCGCUCCUGUCGCGCCACAGUUAAUAAAAUAGGAUGGUUUGGCUAGCCGGCAAACUUCAAAGGGAUUAGGCGACGGCGGCAAAAUAUGUUGAGGAUCAAAGGAAAAAGAUGUCACGUGACGGUUUUAGUGCAUGGCUUGAGACCAAUUACUAUAAGAUUAUAUUAUAGUUUCCAAUGUUUUCAUGUUUCAUCGCGAAAUAACGGCGCUAAUAACAUUUGUUUUUGUGCUAAACUAAAGUCAUAUCAUAAAAAGAGUUAUGGACGACGAUUUAGAGGCGAUUGUAUCGAUUCCCAGGGAAUUGGAAGGCGAAAGUUGUUCGAGCAACAUUGUCGAGGAGUUGGCGUUAUUUCAUGAACAUGAAGAAACCUGCGAGAAUAUUUUCCCUUAUAAUCUUGAAAUUGCGUUGUCUUUUAUUGAAGAAGUCGAAGCAACUAUGGAAGAGGAGGUCGCAGACGCUGUGAGCGAAAUAUCAGGCGAAAAUAACUUUCCUUGCAAAAAUUGUGACAGGAUUUGCAAGUCGAAAGGUGGCUUGACGAGACAUAAAAAUGCAUAACAUGGGAACAAAAUUACAGCGGGGAAAGAGAACGUUUCUGCAUCGAAGAUAUCGCUAACACCUAAGUAGUUAAAAUCCAUUGUUGAUAAAGUUAAGACAAAAAUAAAGGAGGAUGCUUUCUGGGACAGCGAAAUGACUUCGAAUAUGGCAAGCAUAACAUCGAACGAUUCACUAUAUACGAUAAUAUAUUGCCAAUUUAUGAACGAUUUUUUCGAAAGCUAAAUCAAUAUUCAUUCUUAGCAGACUUUCGUCUUGCCUAUUGCAGUCUAAAAACCAACAAUUAUGCAGUCGUAGACGCUAUUGAUAUGAUCUCAGAUACUAGGGACACCGUACUCCCGAGACAACUUUACCGCACGGCUAUAUGAGAAACACUAGCCCUGGCACUGUAUCCCCUCCUGCAAGAAUGGCUCUAAGUGCGAGAUUGUGACUCCUGAAACAUGUAGUUAUUUGUUUGUGUGAUGUUACUCUGAGUGUAUAUCCACACCGGGCAGGCUUGAAAAAUAUGCCUGGCCACGGCGGGAUUCGAACCUACGACCUUUGGAAUACUAGCCCAUUACUCGAACCGUCCUGACCGCGUAGCUCAGUUGGAAGAGCAUUGGGCUAGUAUUCCAAAGGUAGUAGGUUCGAAUCCCGCCGUGGCCAGGCAUAUUUUUCAAGCCUGCCCGGUGUGGAUAUACACUCAGAGUAACAUCACACAAACAUCUUAUUCACCUGAGUACAUUACACCAAUACAGCAGAUUUCAUGUAGUUAUUUGUUUGAUGGCUUGGGAAUCAGGUAAUGAAAAGUUAUCUGUGGAGGCCGAGACAAAUUGUUUACAUGGACAAAAGUUGUCCCUACGACCAAGGGUAACCCUGUUUUGUAAACAGGGUGUCCCUACCGCCAGGGUGACCCUACCAGCCGAGACGAGUUGAAAACUUUCCAUAUAAACACUUGCAUUUAAAUUAAAUGUUAUAUAACGAAUAUAAUGUUGCCUCUCCUUGGGUAGUAGGGUGACCCUAGUACCCGAGAUCAUAUAAACAGCACCUAAUAAUGAUUUCAAUACCAGACCAUUUAGUGACAUUCUCAAAAGGUCUUACUACAUGCAGUGGACAUGCUGGAAUUUCUUCAGAACUUAAUGAGAAUGAACACGGUCCCCUGUCCUACAUAGCAUGCUAUGUGUUGUCAAAUCUGAAGAAAAAGUCCAAAAACAAAGCAAAUGACGACGGCUUCAAAUAAUUUUAGAACAUAUGAUCAGUUCUGGUUUGGAAAAUGAAUACUUUAAGGCACACAGUCAAGGAGGUCUGGCUACACCAUGUAAUGAUUUGGUCAAACUACUAGAGGUUGCAGGGAUUCUAUUCAGACAGUUUAUAUAUAGGGAAAAAAAGUUAAUUUGGCUUUAUGAUCCUUAGAUAAACAUACUUUUUGUACAUACAAUUAAAUAAAUUUAAAAAUAUUUAUAAUGAUAAUUUCAGUGCCUUAACAAAGUGCAUAGCAAUUGAUAUAAUUUAUGUGAUUGUCCACCAUUCCAAAAAUACUUUUAACAUAACCAAUAAUUAACACCCUACUCUCCAUACCCCUGGGCCUAAAUAUACUAGAGCCGUGUUUACACUGCGAGCCUAAGCCUGGCCUGGGCCUACCUUUGGACCAGAUUUUUUAGUGUAAAUGCACUUCGGCCUGGCCUAGGCCAGGAAAUGUGGGCCUAUCAGAACAGUUGGCCAGAUUUCCUGUCCUAGGCCAGGUUGAAGACAUGAAGUGCGUUUACACUACAAAAAUCUGGUCCAAAGCUAGGCCUAGGCCAGGUUUAGGCUAGUAGUGUAAACACGGCUUAGGGCAUAGUGGGAUAGGGUUGGGCAAUGGAUGCUCGCCAUAUCACCAUGUUGGAAAGAACCGACAAAGGGGAUACCUAUACACAUUUUAGUAGAAGUCAGAUAAUUUAAAUAGGGCUCAUCAAUUUAUUUUUAGUUCAAUAAGAAGCUAUUUGACUGUUUUGUGUACAAGAUACAAAUUUAACAUAGCAAUAUGUUAUAUAUAGUAAUAUAGCAUCCUUUGCAAUGGAGUUUAGGUAUUCUUUCUGACGUAAACCUUUGCAUAUUUUGAAUUCCCCCCUUUGUAGAGACAGCAAAAGUUCAGCAAUUUCAGCAGGGUUCAUCCGUCAUCUAUGGCUUGAAUAAAUUUUGUGAUCAUCAAGGGAGAAGCAAAUUGUAAACAUGUAACAAAAAAUGUAUACAUGAAUCUAUAAUAAGCACAAAUUUAUGGAUUGAAUAUCGCUGUCCCGAAGUUCAAUUCCCAUUUCAUCAUCGGUACAUGCUGUGAUACUCCAAGGAUCAAGCGAAACUCCCUUAACAUUUUAACAAAACUUUUCAAACGUUUCUUUUUUCUCCAUGGGUGCCAGCUUCUUGUUGUCUUUCAAGGACCCAACGUAUGCUUGACUUGGUUUCAUGGCUUUUUAACGGCAGAUUUUCAGUUGGAACAGCUCCUGUUUCUAACGAUUUCCUCUUUCAGUCUACAAAAGGGCAAAAAUUCAAUUACUAGACUAGUAUUCACAGUUAUUUAAGAUACAUUCAAUAUAUAAACCGCAAAUAUUUCAACCAUAUUGAUUAUACACAAUAAGACAAAGGCCGAGCAAUUACAAUAUUUCGCGCAAAGAUAAAAAGUCCGUACUUACAAUCAGAUGUCAAUUCUUCUUUGAAAUGACGCUCACAUACGAAAAUCUUAUUUUCCUCGAUUUUCUGCUUCAUUUCGAGAGUCAUUUCCCUUGUUCUUAGUAUCCAUGUAGCCCAUUCUUUACGCGCAAUCUCCUUCGAAGCUUUCGUCUCUUGUCAAUUAUCCACUCUAGGUCAAGGUAACUUAAAUAACGAAAGACCACUCUUUCGACUUGUCGAACAGCCAUACUUUGCACAGUUGGCACCCGGCGUAGCGUAGCUACUGAGAUUUUUCCAAAAUUCGCUAGAAAAAGCAGUUAAUUCGAAGGUUUUCGGCGUAGAAGUGCGUCGCCGCUCAUAUUGUAAAGAAUUCAUUGUUUAUCGCUGAUGCACUAAAAGCGUCACGUGACCUCAAUAGUCGAGAACAAUAACAUAUUUUGGGGGUGUGUCCAGCUAGCCAAACCAUCUUAUUUUAUUAACUGUGGUCGCGCCCAAGUGCAUAAUUCAGAGUUAGUUUGUUUGUUCUUAUUAACACCACUUCAUGUAAAUUUUAUAAGGCGGGGAUACUUGUAUUGCAUGAAUUUAAUGAGAUCACGUACGUUAAGAUUUGAUGCAGAGGGUUUGAUGUGUCACGCUACAAAACCAUUAUAUUUUAUAAAGUGUGAAAGCUGGAUUCCGUAUUCCAAGACUAAAAUAAUGGAUUCCGGAUCCGAGUCAAUGGAUUCCGGAUUGCACGUCAUGGAUUCCGGAUUCUGAAGUGCAAAUUUUUGUUGGAUUCCGGAAUCCGGAUUCCUUUACAUAGGGAGAUAUAUACCAAGAAUAACAGCAUGAAUUCACGCCCAGAUGACAGAAGAAUAUUAACAUUAGUCAAUUCAACAAGAACAAGUAGCAAAAAUCGUAAACGAGAACGAAAUAUCACAACUUGCAAGAAAUCGUACAAAGUUGCAAGAAAUCGACCAAGAAUUGCCAGGCGUCUCGCAUUUCAAGUGCAUUCUUCCCAUCAGCCCCAUUCGCCAUCUCUCCCCACUACAAUACUUCAUGUAAACUCGUCAUAUGCGCAUCACUGUUUUUUUUACAAAGAGGCGCCUGGGUACGAGGCAGGGGUAUGUGUAUAUGGAAGCGAGCCAGUCCGGUUACCUGAGCUAGGUAGAUUUUCCAAGCCGAUUUGCUUGUGCCAAGAGUGGCGUAGCCAGCGAAAUUUGACUAUCAUUCGACAUUUGACUAUUAAUUCGAAAGUAGAAUGGUAUGGACGUGCUUAAACCACCUCCACAAGUGUAUCACUAUGUGUUUGAAAAUAUCGUUAACAGUGGCCAAUCGGCUGGUAUUUUUCUUGCUGUGAAGAAAUACUGGUAUAUCGGGGAGAGGAUUUCUUUAAGCGACCAACAACAUCAUCGAAUCAGCAUAUUUACGAAUAAAAGAGAUUAUUAUACAUUGUAGUUGGUAAAAGUAAUUUGAUUGGCUAAGAGCUUACAGUUAAAUCGCGCAAUCACGCAAUCUACAGAAAAUUCAGUUAUCUGCUACUUAUCACUCAGCUAUCUGCAAAUGAGCAUGCGAUAAUUAGCAAGCAGUAUCUAUUUACAUUCAAAAUACAAUAACCUUCCGACUUCCGCUUCUGUAACUUUGUUUUGUAUUUCUGUAAUUUGUUCUAUAUUGUGUAGAGAUUUUUGUCAGCAAAUAUCGCGUUAGAAUUCCCCUUUUUUUCCUUUAUAUACGUCAAUUUGUAGCAAAGGAUACACCAUUCGUUAGAUUCUUUACAUAAAAGUUGUGAAAUUUUCAUUUUAGUACGCCAAAUGAUUGUAUUAGGUAAUUUUAAAUUUGUAGAGUAUGAACACACUAGGCGGCGGUUUAAAACCGAUUUCAGAUCAGCAAAUAUCGCUAUAAGACCUAAGUUUCGCAACUUUUAUGCAAAGAAUCUAACAAAAGGUGUAUUCAUUGCUACAAAUUGACGCAUAUAAAGGCAGGAAAGCGAAAUUCUAUCGGACCUAACGCGAUAUGUGCCGAUAAAGCGGUAAUCGUUACAGAAAAUAGAACAAAUAAAUACAAAACGAGUACCAGAAUCGGGAAGGUUCUGGUAUUUUGACUCUAACACAAACAAAUGUAUAAUAAAACAAUUAUUGAAUUCGGUUUUUGUGAUAUGCAAAAUUAUCAAAGUCUCGGUAAGCGUUUUUACCUCGGCCUUCAUAAUUCCGCAUGUCACAUAAACCUCAUCCAAUAAUUGUUAAUUAUUCUCGCUUCGAUGGAUUUAUCGUGUGUAGAAAGAAACGCUAUUAUGGAUCUACAGUUCUCUAUUAUAGCAAUUCGCAUGCAUCUUUUCAGUUAUUGCGUUUGACGAGCUCUGGCGAUAUAAAUCCAAAUCCUGGCCCUCAGCUAGGUGGCAGGAAAUAUUCAUGCACAAUUUGUGACAAAACCUUGGCUCGAAAUCAUAGGACGGUUGAAUGCGCAAGUUGUUGCUUAAAGUUUCAUGUCAAGUGCGGUAAGAUAUCAUUGAAGAGGGGGUAGUGUGGGGUACCGAUCCUGAAGCACAAAAAUUAAUGUGCCACGAUCUUGAAGCAUGAAAAAUAAAAGAAGGAAGUCCUGAAGCACGUAAAAUAAAUUUAUUACGAAUCUGAAAUGUAAAGUGAACAUGAAAUGUAAGCAACAAUCAUACUUAGAAGUCUUAAAGGUGAAUAUAAACAGUCUGUUCUAGGCGGUGUGUUCACCUAUUUGUUUACAAUUGCGUCGAUGUUCAUGAUUUAUAUAAACUUUGAAACCUCCGUUCCCCAAUCAAAAUAUAGCUAAAAUCCAGAAACAAAAUUAAUGGAAUAUAUUGUCCAGAAACGAGAAAUAACCGUCUUUAAAUACAGCUGAAAACGGAGAACGGAUAUUGAAUACACCGCAAGCACGAUACACGGCAUCCAUGUCGGGAUCGAAAAACGUUUAAUAAAAAGAUGACUGAACGAAGAACGAAUAAUUAAAUUACCCCAAUACGCAGCACGAAAAUACCCCAUUACCCCCCUCAUUGAAAUAUUACACAAGACUCAAAAAAGGUGAAAAAUGGGUGUGUACGUCUUGCUUAUUUAAGGAACUACCAGGUAAUGCUUGUUUUAUAAGUAAUGAUUGUUUGGAAGCGGGGAUGGACGAUGACGAAACAUGUAGAGGCGAAUUUACAGAGACUGAUUUUGCGAGCGUUGAAGAAAUCGCGAAAAAGUACAUUAAAAAUUGGUCAUAUAAAUGCGAACAGUAUUGCUGGUUUUAAACUUUACGAGAUUAAAUAGUAGCUGACACAAGGCUUAUUUGAUAUAUACUUGUAAUUACUGAAACUAAGGUGGAUGAAACCUUUCCAAACAGUCAUAUUUAUGUUGACGGUUUUCGCUUUUGUGGACGUGAUAGAAAUAUCCAUGGUGGGGGUAUUAUGAUGUACAUAUUAGGUCGGAUAUAAUAUACGAACAUAUUACACAACGGACAGAUCAGCACACCGGAGUUGACUUUCUGGCAUGUAAAGUAAAAAUAGGUAAAAAAUGGAUUAUGAUAAUUGGUGUUUAUAAACCACCGUCAUUAAAGCAAACUCAAUGGAAAUUAGAGCUUGAAAAUAUUUUUGAAAUGGCUCCAACCAUAAUAAACAAUGCUAUAAUAUUGGGAGAUUGUAGGAUAUUUAUGAACAUGCUUUGAUAGAAAGGGAUAGAUUAUAUAACGCGAAUUGCAUGACGGGAUUGAUCAUGUGCGAUAGAAGUGUGCGCGAAUUUGAGAGUUAAUGAGAAAACAUAUAUUUUAUACGUUGAGUUUUAGUUAUUAAAGUUAUCUAUACAAACACUUUCCACCCAGUGUGAGUUGAGAAAUAAAUAGAUUAAAGAGAUUUUAAUUGCGAUUUACUACAACCAGAUAAGUCAUCAAAAGAUGGACGUAUGCUCCUUGAUUUAAUGGAUAAUUUGCAUCUAGUAAAUUUAAUAAGAAACCCAACGCGUGCCACUAGUACUUCUGGUACUUUAAUUGAUUUAAUCCUGACUAACAAUAAGAAAAAAAUCUUGACACCAGGCGUGUUUCAUGCACAAAUUAGUGACCAUGUACUCGUUUAUACCAUAUUGAGGUUGACAACCCCAAGGUUAUAUUCACGGAAAGUAUGUACUAGAAGCUAUAAAAACUUUGAAAAGUACACAGUAUGCUUUUCGUCGCGAUCUACAGUAUGCUCCGUUUCACAUAAUGGAUAUUUUUUAUGAAGUUGAUGAUAAAGUUUAUGUGUUGGACACUUUAUAUUCUGAUAUUAUUAACGAGCAUUCUCCCAUAAAACAAUUCCAUUUAAGAGGAAAUCAAGUGCCAUUUAAGGCCCUGUUACACGGUGCAAUUUUUCAUGCAACUUGUCUCGCAAUGUUUAAAAAAACAUUUUGAUAAUGCAUUGCAAGAGGUGUUACACGCUGCAAUGAUUUUCAUGCAACUCGCAACGAUAGGGGACAGAGGCAUGCGAAGAGACUAGGGAGAGACGCUUUUCGGCGCCAAAUUUUAAUUAAAGUAAAGCGUGUACUGGAAACCUGCUCUGGGAGCUUAACUCGCCGCGAGAUAAGGCGAGCCUAUGCGAGUUAAGGCGAGAUAGGGCGAGUUAAGGACAAAUCUGGCUACUGACCUUUGCGAGUUAAGGCGAGAUAAGGCGAGUUGAGGAAAAAUCUGGAUAUUGUAUAUACACUACGUAUUUUGCUUUGUUUGUGCAUUAUGCAAAGCAAGUAUGCAGUACUUGAAGUUGCAGACCUAGAAAAGUGUUUUAUUCUAUAUUCUACAAUACAUACAUGAUAUGCACAAUAACUCGGGAGACCUGGAAACAAAUUGCAUUAAAACGAGGCUGGUAACCAGAUGCCAAAUUGUUUAAUUUGAGGCAUUAUGCAUUGUUUCCUAAAUCUUCACAGUAUCAGUUGCAACUUGCUAUCACCAGCUUCACCACAGAUUUUGUAAUUUUUAGCUGUUUUCAUGAAUCAUGACAUCAAUUAGGUUCGAAUUUGUUUGCAAGCAGCAGUCCUUGUAUUCAAUUUUUAAUUUAAUUUAAUAUAACCUGCAUUAAUAUGAAACAAAGAGAAACUAAAAAGCUUGCUAGGAAAUUACAGAUUAUUUACUAUUAAAUUUAGCACUUUAAUAACUAUUUUAAUUAACGAAAUUUCGAACCACAAUGCCAUAUUAAAUGAUAACUAACGGUCGUAAUACUAAAAUUAAUGCCCAACUUACUUGCUUUGGAAACGUAAAUGAAUGUAAAUGACAAUGAUUCCUCUAUAUAAAACUGUAUUAUUGUUUAAUAUAUUCCUAUUUCCUAUCAAGCUUUUAUAUUCAGAAUUCACUGCCUCUCAUUAACACUAACACUAAAUAUUGCAAGCAGAUAGUAAUUUUCCGCUGAAGGGAGCAAUAUUUGCAAUAUCUGCUCCAGACAGCAUCCCGCCCCCCCUGAUAAACGGAAUCUUCCUUCCCAUCAUCGCCGUAAUUCCUCUGUGGUCGGGGGGAGGGAGUCUACGCAGUCUAUAAGUCACAAUCAUUCGAUUCCACAAACUCAAUAUGGCGGGAUAUGCAUCAACAUUUUAAAGUUUUUUAUCAUGUUAUUCAUGUACUAUGAUAUUAAAAUGAGAUUAAAAAAGCCUUGUCACUACAGAUUGUUUCUACUAAAUUUAAUGUUGGUCACAGACAGGCAAACACGGUAUGUUUACUAAAAUAUUCACCUUUAACUUUGCUUUUAAUACUGUAAAUCUAUAUUUUCACGAAUUUUGUGAAUGUGAUUGUGUAUUAAAAUAUUUCUCCUAAAACUCUGCGCGUAUCGUUGGUUCAGUUGAUCUGUAUCCGGUUGUAUAUAGAAACAGUUCAACGAAUAUUAACUUUGUAGUUUGAUCUGUUGAUAUCACAGAGACCUUUAUACUAUAAGUAUAACAGUAUUUUAGCAAAAUUUGAUAGUCAUGUGAUAGCUGCAUAAAAGCUAAGCAAGUACUUUUGAUGUUUUCAUAUCAUUGUAUAGUUGAAAUAGAAUAAAUAAGUGAUCUGUAUAUUAGUAUAUAUGGGAAUAUUAGUUUUCAACCAUACUUGGCAGUUUGGGUUCUGUUAUUAUGUUCAAUUAUUUUCACUGUGAUUUAUUAAAUACUGGGUAUUACUGUAUACAGUAUGCCUGCUAAGGCCUGCUUACUGUAUUAAAGUAGAGUAGUUGGUGGAAUUAUUUGAUCAAUACAGCUUUAUGGCAUUACAGAGAAUGUAGUAAAUUAAAAGUAUGAUAACAUUUCAGAUAAUCAGGCUUACAUACUUGUAUGUUGAUGUCAGUUGCAAUGCCAAACUUAUAGAAUAUAUAAGUGAGUAUCGUGAGUCUAAAGAAUUUUGAUUGACAGUAUUUGUGUUUUACUGACGUGAAACUGUGCCGGUUUCUAUUGCAAAGUAGGGCAAGUUUAGGGGAGUUAAGCAAAAUUCUGUCAACUUCUCAUUGCGAGAUAAGGCGAGAUUGGGCGAGUUAAGCAAAAUUCGAUCAACUUCUAUUGCGAGAUAGCGCGAGAUAAGGCGAGUUAGGGCGAGUUAAGGCGAGUUAAGGUACCAGAGUAGGCCUUACUGGGGAGAGCCAAUAGGAACUCUCCAAGCUAUAAACAUUGCGAGACAAGUUGCACGAAGCCAUGUUACACGCUGCAAUGCUAAAAAUAAUUAGUGCAAUCGUUGCCAAAAGUAGAACCGAUUUCUAUUCUGUGCAAUGCUUUAUGCAACUUGUCUCGCAAAGAUCUUGACCAUUGCAAGGCAUGUUAAACGGUGCAAUGACUCGUGCAACUUGUCUCGCAACUCCAUUGCGAGACAAGUUGCAUGAAAAAUUGCACCGUGUAACAUGACCUUUAUGAGCGAAAAAUGGAGAAAAGCCACUCGCUAUAGAAACAUGCUUUGGAAAAAAAUUAUGCCUGAUCGCACAGAUGAGCAUUAUGCGAUAUACAAAAAACAAAGAAAUAUAUGUACUUCUUUGAGGCGUAAAGCAAUAAAGGCAUAUUUUCACUCUAAAGUAGAAACAUCGAAAAACCCUGGCGAUUUUUGGAAUGUUUGUUAGCCUUUCCUUCAUUCUAAAAAAUCAAAGCAAGCAAGUGAUAUUGUGUUACAAGAAGAUGGCCAUUUGGUUAAAAACAAAAGAACUAUAGUACAAUUAUUUAAUAGCUAUUUCAUGCAUGCUGCAGAUUCAGCGCCUGAAAUCAAUGAGAGGGUUUUUGGAGCGCAUUUCAGUCUGCACCCAAGCAUCCAGACUAUAUUGAAAUAAAAAUAAAUAUGAAUCAUCUGAAUUUAGUUUUCGUUGUGUAGACAAGGAUCAAGUAUAAAAACUUAUGUUUAGUAUUAAAACGAAAAAAUCAUGCGGACACGAUCAAAUAUCACCACGUCUACUAAAAGACUCCGCACCAAUAAUAGCUGAGCCAAUUGCUAAAAUAAUAAAUAGCUCAAUUACCCUAGGCCAAUAUCCCUCUUGUUGGAAAAUGGGUCAAGUGACGCCUUUAUUAAGAAAGAAAACGAGUUGAACAAAAAUAAUUAUAGACCAGUAACUAUUUUGGCCUCCUUUAACAAUGUUUUCGCGAGAAUCCUUGCUAAUCAAGUUGAAGAUUUUUAUGAGAACACAUUGGCGGAUCAUAUUUCUGCGUAUAGGAAGAACUAUAGUUGUGAAACAUCCUUAUUAAAGCUAACUGAAGACUGGCGCCAAUCUCUAGACAACAAAGAAAUUGUCACAGUUAUAUCGUUGGAUUUGUCUAAGGCAUUCGACUGCAUAUCUCAUAAUUUACUUUUGGCAAAACUCAGGGCAUAAGGACAGGGUUGGUAACUUGGUCUUUUUGCGGCCAAAUAACUCGAUUUUGGCUUUUUUAUUUCUUGUUUGGCCUUGAAAAAAAUGUUUGACCUUUUGGCUAUAUUUUGGCUUUUUUAUCAAGUGACAGGAACUUUCACUAUUGUUUAGUAUAAUUUAAUAUUAUGAAAGAAUGUUAAAUUAUAAAGCAACAUGUAGGCAUAUAAGAAUUGUGUGGCGUUGGUAGAGAAUAACCAAUUCUAUUGACAAGUGCAUUCUGUAAGUUUAUUAAAGAGCUAUCUGUUUAGUCGUAAGCAACCUGUGAAAAUUGGCGACACAUAUUCAAGUUGGGAAUUGGUAACAAGCGGAGUCCACAAAGUAGUGUCUUGGGGCCAAGAUUAUUUAAUAUUCAUAUUAAUGACUUGUUUUACAAUGUAAGUCUUGGAAUACUUCAUGCUUAUGCAGAUGAUGAACAGUUUUUACAACUCUGAUUGUGAUCCUGCAGUUCUGGAGAGUAAGCUUAAUCAUGAACUGAACAUGAUAAAUACAUGGCACAGCAAUAAUGGCGUGAUUGUAAAUCCAGAAAAACAUCAAGCAAUGGUCCUCGGCAAUUGUAAUCACAUGUUUGCAUUCCCUGUAAACGAUUCGAUUGGAUUAGUAUUAGGAGUAACUUUAGAUAACGAAUUGAAGUUGAACCGCCAUAUUACAACAAUUUGUGACAAAGUUAAAAAUCAGUUCAGUGUCAUAAAGAGGUUUGGAAAACUUUUAGCAAGAAAUUAUUAUUAAAACUUUAUAAAGUAUUUGUUUUACCACAUUUUCGCUAUUGCUCCCUCAUUUGGCAUUUUUGUGGAAAAAGGAAUACUGAAAAAUUAGAAUCUUUAAAUAGACGUAUAUUAAGAUAUAUUUUUCAGGAUAAGUAGUCUAGUUACGAUGACCUGUUAUCUCAAACAAAUGUUAGUACAUUGUAUAAUGCUAGAAUGUAUAGUAUGUUGUCUGUGGUUUUAGUUAACAGCCUUUUGCAUCCUAGGUAUCCCAAUUAUUUAAAAAGGCUUUUUAAAGUGAGAACGUCCAAAUAUAUGCUUAGAGGCCAAAAUAUAUUGGCUUUAUCCAAACCAAAAACGACCAAGUAUGGAUUAAAGUCCAUAAAAUAUUUAGCAGCCAAGAGUUGGAAUUCACUUUCGGACGAUUUUAGGACGAUAAUGGACAUUUAUAAAUUUAAAACCGAAAUUGACCACUUGCGUAAUAGACGAAAUUUUGAUCUCAACAAAAAUUUCAUCUCAGCUUGAAAGAGCAUCACAAAAUUAGUAAUAUUCCAAAGUUUCGUUGCGAAAUGUUGUAAAAUGCGGAAAAUAUAGCCUUGCGAAGUUUGCAAUUUUCAGUCAUUUUAGAUUACAAAUGGGAAAUUGACAGCCCCAAACCCUUCGAGGACCUUAGACUUGUAUACAUCAAAAUUUAGUCUAUUACGCAAAUAAUCAAUUAAAACGCUGAAUAUUUCUAUUCCUUCUUAAAAUUGUAUGGCUAGAAAUAUAUAUAUAUAUAUAUAUAUAUAUAUAUAUAUAUAUAUAUAUAUAUAUAUAUAUAUAUAUAUAUAUAUAUAUAUAUAUAUAUAUAUAUAGUACAAUCUGCAGACAUGCAUGUUUCGGCGUCCUACGCCUCAUAUAUAUAUAUAUAUAUAUAUAUAUAUAUAUAUAUAUAUAUAUAUAUAUAUAUAUAUAUAUAUAUAUAUAUAUAUAUAUAUAUACCUCAUAUUGCAUGUAUGACAUGCUGGAAGAUAUUAGCUCAUUGUUUAAUGAGCUACUCUGUAAAUUCGAGUUAAAAUAAAGUAUGUGUGUAUGUAUGUAUGUAAGACCCACACAUUCUAGGAGGGUCCGGGGGCAUGCUUCCCCGGAAAAUUUUAGAAUGCCCAUUUCCUGCGAUUUCACGCGAAAUACUCCAACGGGAACAUAAAAAAAUUGUGUGAUUAGUGGAAAGUAUAUGAUAAUUUUUUUAGAAAAAAUUUUGUAACUUUUUAAAACUCAUGCAUUUUUAUCAUAUUUCAUUAUAUAUUUUUAAACUUAAGUGAAAAUGUAGCUAAAUAUAGUCAAGUCACGAAAAAGGAAAAUAUCAUGUGUACAUAAAGUGCAUGUAUACAAUACGCGUUUUAUACACCAUAACGAUACCGUACGGUUAGCAUUCGUUAAAAAUUCACUACGUUUGUUAGUAUUAAUGUGUUAAACUUUAUAUAAUGGAGUGGUAGCAACUACAGACCACUAGGCUUGGCACUCUGAAUGUAAUGCAGUACGCCAUGCCUAUGGUUUUAAUAUAGCGUUUAAUAUAGACUAUAGUGUAUGCGGCCAGAUAUCUACAUAAACAGUGUGAUUCUAAGACUAAAUUGGUACUGUAUAUAAUUUUUAAACUCUAUAUAAGUGCUCGUGUUGCUCGUGUUUCAAUGCAUAAAGCAUAUGAACUGGCAGUAAAUAUUACGUUCUUACCUUAUAUGAAUACGACAGGCUUCAGAAAUGAAGUUUGUAUUCCCCAUUACAUUGUAUUAUACACAAUCGUCAGUCGAGUCUGUUCAAAUGCGUGAGCUAAAAUAUCUUAGUAGAAGCCAGAAAUUAUAUCAAAAUCGCACUGGGCUGCCACACUCGUUGAUUUCCAUAUUCAUAACUUUAGUAAUCUUGAAAGAAUUAGUAAAAAGUGGGUUUAGUCACGCGGAAAGUUCGCAAAUAAAGACAAUAAAAGGCCAAGUCCUGCCAUUUCGAGAGAGCAGGACUUCGCAUUUGUAAACAGUCGAUUUUGAGCAUGCGCAGACCUAAUUAUCCAAUGAGAAAGCAGAAUUUCUUGUAUGAAUUUACUAUGAGAUAUACUAGCAAGUCCUGCCGUUUGAAAAUGGCAGGACUGAAACACGAGCGCGUGUAAAUCGACGAAGAGUUGCAGUUGCUAGGUAACAGACACGGUAAGUUGUAAAUUCCGUAAUAUAUAAUAGAAUGCGAAAAAACUUUAAAAAAACUAAUAAAGAAAAAGACAAUAAAAUGAGACAAAAUAACAAUAUGAUAAUGAUGAAUUUUUAAAGCUUCAAGAUAAAUAAAGCAAUGUUUUAGUGAGGAAGUUUUUAGUCCUGCUGGGCAGGACUGAGCGCUAGCUACGCCACUGUGUGCCAGGCUGGCUCACCAAACCAAAUCAUGAACCUAAAAUUCAUAUUUUUGCAAGAAAUUGUCACGAUCGUUAUGACCCUCAGAAUCGUUCACAGACACGUUAAUGUUUAAAAUUAUAGAUCAAAAUCUGCAUGGCUCAGAGAAACUCUUAUUUACAACAAUAUAUUCAGCCUGCCAGCCCACUUAUGGGCGAGAUCUGAGACUCUGUGUGGGCUUCACAAAAUAAACAAAAUGUUUGCUUAGGAGAGCCAGCCCGAUUCCCACAUAACUGCAAGACGAAUAUUACAAGUUUUCCAGACAGUCAUAUACAGUAGUUAGCACAGCCAAGUAGAUUAUCAUUUAUCACAGUCCGACAAUACCACCAUAACAGCCAUCCAAAACAUUUUGACUCCAAAUUGCUGAUUACUUUUCUAUAGGUAAAUUACUACUCACAAGUAUCAUAUUAAUAGGCCUUAAUUAUAGCAUAAAUUUCAAUUUGUAAAUAAAAUAGACAGAACAAUUCGUAUAUAAACAUGGUGUAAUAAAAAUAUUUAAUAAUUAGAGAACGAGGCCGAGUUGUCUAUGAGCGAAUAGUCAACGAGGCGAAGCCGAGUUGACUAUUUGCUCAUAGACAACGAGGCCCAGUUGUCUAAUUGUUUUAGUAUAAACUUUAACAUUAAUUUACAACUAGGCUUCAAACACAAUACAAAAAUAUACAAAAAAACAUUAUAAAACCAUUAAAGGUAAACAAAUAUUUUAGUUUUUGUUCGCGUAAAAUGUUUUACAAAAUUCAGUUUUAAUUUUAAAAUUUCAUUGAGUUUAUGUUAUUUUGUUUAUUUUUUUACCCUUAAAAAUUGCCAUUCCAUAUUUUUGUUCCUUUUUUGUUUUUUUUUAGUACAGAAUUGUUCAACAAGUCGUCCAAAAAAGCAUAAGACACGUCUGCAAAAGUGCAAAACGCGAAUUUUCCGCCAUUUUGAAUUUUCUAUUAGUAGGCUAUCACUAAUAGCCUACUAGAAGUGUAGCCAAUCAGAAGGCACGAAAUGUGAUAGCCUACUAAUAGGUUUAUACUAAAAUUUUAUAGUCAUUAAAUUAAACCUCGAUUGAUGGGCUUCAACAAGCAAUUUCACUAAAGGGUCCGCAGUGAAGAGGAGUGAAUAACAGCUAUGUUAGGAGAAAUCUCCAAUUCUUCUUGGAUUACUUUCUUUAAAACAUUCAGUAGAAGAUUGGGGUGUAGGAUUAUCGGUAUAUAAUGGGAAAACACAGAAACGGCACGCUCUCCAUGGAAGAAAACAAUAAAAUAGAUACACCUUGGAAGCAUUCCUGAUUCCCUGCCUACGUAGUAUUGUUUCCUACUCGUCACGUUGCCUCAAUAACUCGUUAUUCGACCAAUUUUCGCUCAAAAAGCUCAAAAUAUUUUGGAAACUUCUUCACUCCUUGGAUUAAUUUCGGUUUCAAUAAAAACAACGCGUGUGUUAUUGCCGGAAAUGAAACUUGACCAAGCAUAAACCGAGAUGCCAAACUUCCGGUGGAAUCCCCAGGCAAAAACAAUUGCAAACAUGCGCAGAAGCGACUGUAACAUACCCUUAAGGCGGUCAAGAUACCCGCCAUAUUGAAACGUCAUUGUUGCCGUAAUAUUCGUAGUCACGUAACUUUUGGUAGAAAAAGCAACUUCUAUUGAUGUUGUUUUACACAACAAAGCACUCUUUCCUUUUCAAUAGAUAAAAAUGUUCCAAAAAGACAUAUCUAAAUCGUAAAUUUUCCAUUUUUAGAAAACUAUUUAGACUCACCUUAAGAAGUUCUUUAAAUCUAUGCUUUUAAUGUUAAUGAUCCCAUGGCACCUUUUAAGACCUUAUUGUAUAAGAAUCGGAAUAUUAAUUUUUUUCUAUCUUUAUGAUGAUCAGUCCGUCAUGAGUCCUUCGUAUGGAGAAUUGAUAACACCGGACGUAAUUCUGUGCCAAGUAUGACUUUAAUUUUCUUCAGACAGUCUGUGCAAGUGAAACGCAAUAUGUUUAUAUUAUUUUAUCAAUUGUAUUUCAAAAUUGGGCUUUUCCAGAAAUUAAGAAAGAUUUUAACAUUCAGUGAACCAUAACUUCAGCUGUUGAGAAAAUGCAUUAUCUAAAUGUACUGCACCAAUCAGUUUCAGAACUUCGAAAUUUCCUCAAAUAUUUUGUACAAAAAUCAUUUCAUUGCGCGAAUUAUUGAAGUUGCAUGGACAAACUUGUUUAACGAUCGAAUAAAGCAUUUAAAUUAGCGCUAAACCCAUCCAGACAGUUUGUUAAUGGUUUCUUGUCUCUAACAAUACUGUAUAUUACUUUCUAUUUCAGAAAGAAUAUCUGCAAGUUGAACUGCCGUACUUAGCUGACAUCAGAAAGAUUGUCACGGGAGGAAACGUGACUUCAUAUAUCGUGAAAUUUAGUCAAGAUGGGAGAAAAUUCAAAUAUUAUAACCAUUCGGCAGAAUUGAAGCAAUUGGUAUGCACUUUCCUUCUCUUUUUGCACAAUUCGACACUUUCCCUGCACGAUUAUGUAGUUAAAAUAGAAAAUUCCAAUCCUGCUCUAAAUAUGCUCUACUGCAUGCAUUGAACACUUCAUAAAAAUAUCGCCAAGCAAACCAGUGUAUAUAAAAUUCUAUAAUUCCCUCUUGUCUGUAGUCCCUCAGGCAGAAUAAAAAUACUGGAACAUUUAGCUGUACAGCGACAAAAAUAUAAAACGGGAAAAUAUGCGGAAUAUUUCUAGGUAUAUAACUAUGUUGUCCCCGAGCAAACGGCGCGGAGCGCCGUUCCGGUCGUCAGCCCGGGGCGAGGGUACUAAUUCCCCUCGGCUAUUUACACCCGGGGAGAGGGAAGCAUUAGCGAAGUCUAAAGUUCAUCAAUGAUCGCGGGCUUGAUUCUGUUUUUCAGACCUAUAAGGUUUGAAAAAGCAAUGGAUGGCCAACCGUGGGUGAUCAUCCUCACUGAUCUCAAAAACAUGACUGUUUGCCAGGAGUGGGAUAAACAAGAUUUCAAUUUUCAAAAGCAUAUAUUUGGAAAAUCACGUUUCACACAAUGAGCUUUGAAGCAAUUUUUAUUUGAAGAAAUGAGAAGAAUCGAUUUACUGUGGAAAAUCGUGGAAUAUAGGGCAGGUUUGCUUUGAUUGUUGAAUGUUUAUGAAUUUUGUUCCUUUAAUUUAUUGCGUAAAAAUGCACUAUUUCCCUUUUCAGUGAAGCUGUAUUAAAGUUUGCUAUAGAAUUACCCUGUUUAAUUUAAGAAAAAAGGUAAAUGUAAAGGAGAGCAAAUUAAUUUGAAAAACGAACUGAUGUUACUCAACAAUUUGAACUUAUUUUGUUUUAUAAAGUAAAAACAGUUUAUCGGAAAAAGCAGUUUAUAGUUUAAUAUUAAAAUUUAACCUGAAUCGUGUCGUAAAAUCACUGGAAAAAAGAUUUGAUUUACAUACUUUACAGAAAUGAUGUAACUUUACUGCAAAUUUACAGUAAAACCAAAUUUCGAACAAAAAUGUACAUUGACAUGGUAUGUACAUUUUUUAAUUGUAUGUAAAACCUGUGUCAAUUCCAUGUAAAUAUCUACACUUUUUUCGGAAAGACUGCAAUAACCCUGGAAAACCCAUGUGAAACUUUGAGCAAAUUCACUAUGUAAAAACCCUGUAGAAGAUUCCUCAAGAACUGUGUCAAGAGCAUGUAAAUUUAAUUUUAAAAAGCCUGGAAACUUAUUGUAAAAAUGAUGGAAAUUCCUCUGUCCAAAUUAUGUAAAAACAAUGUAAAAAAGCUGUAAAAAUAAAUUAAAGAAAACCUGCAAAAAAGCAAAUUCACAAUGUAAAAACCUUGUAAAAGAUUCCUCGAGGACCGUGUCAAAAGCAUGUAAAUUUAAAUUCAAUACGCCUGGUAAAUAUAGUGUAAAAAUCAUGUAGUUUUAAAUUUCAAGAAAUCAUGUAAAAAUUACGUAAAUUUAUCUGCAACGAACCAUGUAAAUAUGCUGUAGGAAACCAAUUAGCCAUUCCGAAAUUGAGGAGAGGACUGGGGACGAGUGUUGAAAAGUGCCCAAAUUAAGAAAUUAACCAAAUAGCUAAAAAGACCCCCUCAAAAUUAGUAAGUAUACGAAGUUUAAAGUUAAUACCCUUCGAAUAAUAAGCUUUCGAAAACUGUGAAAUUACUGAUUAAAAGUUUGUUUUUUGGAAAUAAUGUUUCGUUCCCGUGGUUCCAAUAUAAUUAUGGAAAUAUAGAUUCCAAUAUAGAAAUACCAGACGUCUUUAAUUAGCGGUUGUGACCAAUAGAUCACUGGUUCAUUUUGUGAAGCGGGCGGGUUCUGGUAAUUUUUUCGACGUUUUAGUAAUUUUCACUGAUUAACUAAUAGUAUUAGCAUUUGUAUUGAAAAUGAGGAAAAACAAAGAAAACUAUAUAAUAAAUAUAUACCGCUGUUGGCGCUUUGUUUUAACAUGUAUUUUAUUAUCCAUGGUUUUAAUAAAGAAUUUUUAAAAAUACUUCAAAUAUAAAUCCUGUAGAUUGGCGGGCAAAAUUUGCUUGCAGGCAAAAAAAUCACCGCUCCGAGAUGCUAAAUUGCUAAUAGUGAGGUGGUAUUAAAAAUAUAUGCCGCUAUUUAUAAAAAUACUUCAAAAUGGCGACAAAAUUAUAUAUUAUCUAAAAGGUUUAAUAGUAUAAAGAUACACAAAUAUUUCUGGCGUCCUUGGUCCACACACACUGAUUCACGAGGUUAGCAUUUAUCAACAAGGCUACGAAGCAUGGGUGGACGACAAUUAGGUAUGUAUAUUUAUAGUUUUUGUAUAAAAUCCCAUGCAUCUGAUUUAUAUUCUUUGGCUCUUUGCUAAAUAUAUGUAUGCACAUACUUUAAAAUAUUUGAAGAGCAUUGUGUCUUUAUAUUGAGGUCGAUGACGGAAAUUGGCGGUUCAUUUUGUGUUCACCGAACAAAUCCAAAAUUUUAUAAUAAGUGCAUGGAAAAACUUGAUAAAGACGCACAUGGCCAAAUUUGUGAAAAAUGUAUUUUUAUAUUAGUAAGGGUUUGCCUUUGGUAAAAUAUAUUAAAUAUAUUUAUGCUUAAUACGCUUAAUUAUAUAUAUUGUACAGCAAUACAGAAUUUGCAUGCAAAUAUCGAAUGUUAAUACUCAUGCAAUUAAAUAAUAUGAAAAAUACUGUAUAUACUAAUACAGUCGACCAAGUCGUUGCCUCUACUUAAUAUGGACACCUCUUAAAGUAUUAUGCUUAAUAGGCUUAAUUAUAUAUAUAUAUUCCCGGGCGUACGUAAUUGAUAAAUAUUGAUAUCAAUCAAUACCAAUUGAUAUUUACAUGUAUUAAAUAAUCGAUUGAUAUUAGAAAUCAAUAAAUAUCUGUAACUUUGUAAAUUUGGUGCGACUUUCAUCGAUUGAUUGAUUUUUUAAAUUGAUUGAUUUUUUAUCGAUUUUCAUUGAUGGAAAAACCUGUGUUAAUAUGCAUGCAAUCAAACAGGUAGCGCUGUAAUUUAAUUAAUACAUACUUUAAUUAAUGUUGUAACCAAAAAAAUGUUAACGAAUUCAGUAAAAAUGAAUGAAUUAAUUAACUUUUUAUCUGGCCAUACAGAUCGAAUACAUGUGUACCUUUGAAAAAUGGGAACAGAUAAUAGCUUGAACAUGCUGACACACUGUUUAGGAUAUAUAAAUCGAUAAAAAUCGAUCACCUGUAAGUACUCCGGAAUAUAUUAUGCAGCAAUAGAGAAUUUGCAUGCAAAUGUGAAAUGUUAAUACUCAUGGUAUGCAAUUAAGUAAUAUGAAAAUUAUAUACUGUCUACCUCUACUUAAUAUGGACACCUCUUGUAGACGGACACUGUUCUUGGGUCCCAGUCAAAACACAGCUAUUAUAUAUUAGUACUAUAUAAACCUCUCUUAGGCAGAAACCAAGUGAAGUCAUGAGGGGUGAGGGUAUCCACUUGUAUUAAACACAACAAAAACACAACUAUGUAGUACACUGUUUUCUUGGAAGAUGUUAGAGAAGAAUGAUCUCUUGAAUAAUAUCAUCGUUCUCCUUGUAUUUUAGGGAGAUUGGUAGUUUUUGUAGCAGCGCAGCUGUCAACUCUUCAGCGUGGCGGUUUUCAUUUUCAUCAAUGGUGAAAAGUUGGAUGAAUACUUUUUGGAACACUGUGACAGACUUUAAGUCUUCUUCAGUCUGAAGGCAGAGAUUACUCACAUAUGCUUUUUGCAAUUUGUCAUCAGGAUAAAUUUUCGAACAACGCGGGCACUGGUUGGUGGAAUCGAGCUUUUUGUUCCUGCAUUGUUUGUUACUGCAGCUGUUGUAGCAAAUAACAUUUUGAAUGCCAAUGAUGGUUCCAUCUUUGUAGAGUUGAUCAUAUUCAUCAUCAGUGUCAAUGAGGAUCAAGUCCUGGUUUUCAGACACCUAUUCAUGCAAGCGGGUACAGAAAAGGUAUGUGUAAUUAUGGCAAAUAGAGCAUAACAGUAAUGUGGAUUACAGACGUUAUAUGUAUAUUGCUCAUAAGAUGGAAAAAGAAGCUUUUGCAUAUUUAAUUUUAUGCAAUAAGCUAUGUCAGACUUUCAAUUUAUGUGACUUAUUUAAUUUUUAUAGAAUAUAUUUGGAUUUUGUAAAUCACACAAAAAAAUGAUGAGAUUAAUACACCCUUUCGAUAAUUAUGUCGCACAUAUUUUUUGGUCUUUGAGCCUCGCUCUCAUCAGUAAAUUAUGCAAGGUGAUUGGCUCAUGAUUCAUGAGAGCUAGGCUCCCAGGUCAAAUGAUGUAAUUAUCAAAAGGGUGUAUUGUUCUAGAUAACAGUGAAAUAUUUCUCAUGCUACUGAAGAAUUCGGAUCUGUUUUUUCAGCUAUUAUAAUUUUUCAUUUACCUUCACUUGAGUGUGAGUUGUUGAAGAUGCCAUUGGUCUAUUCUGGAACAUUGAUGUCUGUAGUCCAGUAAAUGAGAUAACGUCUCCUUGGGAAAGUGGUAGGGAUGCCUUGUCUUUCCAGAGAGAUACUUGCAUCAUCCCAGUUGUGUCUUUCAAGAACACUUUCUUGAGGUCUAUCGAGUUAUUUUUUACCUUUAUUGGUGGUUCAAUCUACAGUACAUAGUAGAGGUAGAAUUAAAACACACUAUAUAGUUGUUACAGACUAUUAUAAUUACACUUUUAUAGCAAGUAAGGGUUUCACAGACAGGGUUGGAUCAUAUAGUACUGUAUGUACUCACCAUCUAAGAAACAGUUUUUAAAUUAGAGACAUAUAAAAUACUGUAUUACUAGCAAACUUUUCUACUUUAGGGAAUAGAGUAAAUAUAUGCAGCAAUUUAUUCUUCUUAGGAGCUAUAUAGAAAGUGAAUACUAAUAAUAGCUUUUUUUGGCAAAUGCAAUCACUCAUACAUACCUUUGUAAUUUUUCCCUCAAUGGAUAUUUGUCGUUUUCUAGGAAGUUUCAAUGCCUCUGCUAUUGGGGUCAAUUUGAUGGUUGGGAAGGAUGGUAGGAGUGGUAGUGGUAAGUUUUGUUUCAAGUUGAAUGUUGGAAUAAGGAAGAUGCUUGAUUGCAUGUUGAUGUUCAAUUGAGGCUCUUCAUCACAAGUGGUUAUGGUGCACUUCGAAAUAACAAUUGAUGUGUUUUUCUGAAAGAAUUUUUUGACAAUGUCUUUUUCGUUUGAAAUGUGACAUUUGAUUGUGCCUGAAUCAUCAGCAACAAUACUCAUGACAAUGACAUUUGGUGUGGUUGGAUUAUCAUCAUGAUGGUACACUGGAUCCACAAUAACUUUAACUUUAAUCGGUUUUGUUAUAAUUGCUUUUUCAUCAGAUGAUGGAAGGUUUUUCAGGUCAGAGACAGUUUGAAAUGACAUCUUAAAAGAAAAUAAGAAAAUGUUAACUAAUUAGCCUUUCUCACACCGACAUUUUUGGGUGGCAACCUUUUUGUAAAAAGGUAGUCACAAUAGUAAGCUGUGAAAAUGAAACUUUCUAUAACUAUAGUACUGUAUACAUAAUGAUUAUAAAUCGAUUUACAGUUAAAUAUUUGAAAAAUUAUUUUCACAUCCCUUAGAUUUUUCACGUUGUUUAUAAAAUAGUGAUCCUAAAAAUGGCAGAUAUAUACUGUAAUUUAGACCUUUGUGAGAAAGGCUAAUUAAUUAUCUGGCAGUUGUGUGUCUCUUGUUAGGUUUAAUAGUCGUUGCAUUUCCUGAGUAACCUUUCUUGAAACUUUUAUAGACUUUUCAGUGAAUUCUGUUAGUGCAAGACCACGUAAAGAUUGUACACGACUUAAUGCUACAUAUGCCUGUCCAGGUUUAUUGCAUUUGGGUCCCAAAUUGAUUACAACAUUAGAAACAGUCAUUCCUUGGCUUUUGUGAAUUGUUACUGCCCAUGAUGGCAUAAGUGGUAUUUGAGUUCUCUGAAUCUGAAUUCCUUCUUUGCCAAAAAAGUCAACAGUAACUGGUUUUAUUAAAAUUGCUUGUGUUGUUGAGUCUUUAAAAAGUUUCCCUACUCGUGGGUCAUCAAAUAGGACUUUUACUCCAUAAGGCAUUGUUUGAUUGUCUGAAAAUACAAUACUAACAACAGUUCCUUGUGACCCAUUCACUAAUCCAUCUGUGGUCAUUAUAUUUCGUAAAAGCAUUACUCUUGCACCUGGUAGUAUGAAAAGUCUGGAUGGCAAUCCUCCACAUUCUGAAUCAUUAGUUGGGAUUAAUUUGGUUGGUGCUGGUUCAUUUGUAUUACUGUUUAUGUCUAUAGCACAUAUUUGACAUACUUCAGAUUUUUUUAAUUCUGAAAGCUCCUUCAAUUUAAAGUUGUUAUAUUCAAGGCACUGUUUCCUUGUUGGGAAAAGUCUUAAUGCAUUUUUGAAUGGUGCCUCAUUAACAUUAAUUUUUGUUCUUUGUACAAGUGUGUGUAUAUCAUUAAUUGUUUGUUUUCCAAUUCGUACUCUGUUUAACAGAUUAGCAUACUCAGAAUCAUCUUUUUGUCUUACAUUUGAGACUAAAAAGAUUGGUUUGAAGUGGGUAACCCACAAGUUCAUUUCCCCUGUGUAGGUUAUUUCAUCAAAUAUAUAAUGAGCAGCCACAGGUUGUAACUGAUAAAAGUCACCAAAUGCUAUAACAGAACAGUUUCCAAAUAGAUUGGGCAUGUAAUUUUGUGGUUUUUUAAUUUCUUCCAAUCUCUGAUGUACAAAAUGAAACAUGUUGUCGCUUACCAUGCUGAUUUCAUCAAUAACUAAAUAUUCUAAAUUUGAAUAGUCAGAUUGCAGUUGAUCUCUUCUAGCUGCAGAUAAUGGAUUGCAUGAACUCUUUGAGGUAAAGAAGGAUUUGGGGUGUUGGACAGGCAAAUUGAAAGCACUAUGAAGAGUACUACCACCAAUAUUGUAAGCAGCACAUCCUGUUGGUGCUGUAAGUAGGAUUGAUUUUCUCUUUGUUUUUCUGAAUACUAAUUCUCGUAUGAGGUUGAUAAGAAAUGAUUUCCCUGUACCUCCACCUCCAGUAAUAAAAAGGAAGAGAGGAUUUGGUGGCACUUUUGUUAGUGAUUGCUUAUAUUGUUGAUUUCCAUUGAUGUGAUUUUCAACUAGAAGAUAUAUAUUCUUUUGUUCUUCUGUCAGUUUUGCUACAGUUUCCAUAUACUCUUUAUCAGUCAUAGUAUACAAAGUAAGAGCUGCCCAAUCUUCAUUCAAAUUAUCAUCUAGUACACACUCAUGGUCAUUUUCAAUAUUUUGUUUGUCUUUGUCGAAAAAUACAGAAUUUGUUGUUUUACCUAUGUCUUCAAGCAACUUAUAUUUAUUUUCAUAAUUGUUUUCACUGUUGUCAAAUUUCUCCUCAUAAUGUGCUGUAUUAGGGGUUAAUGAAUAGGUCAUAUCCAUGUCUUUGUUUUCUAUACAUCGAAUGACGUGAAGUGCUUUUUGUAAAUCAUUUUGAAUGUUUUCUCUUGAAUAUGCAGCGCUAUCAAAGGUCUCGCAUUUUGCAAAAAAUGCUUCAUGCGAAUUUUCAUAUGGAGAAAUUAAGUCCAUUUCUGAUCGAAAAGGCAAAUAACAAUACAAUUUAGAGUAGAAAUAUUCAUCAUUGUCAUCAUGCAAACCAAUUUUUGGCAUUCUUAAACAAGCUGGGUUGGAACGUUGUUUGAUUCUUUUUGCUAAAUUUUGUAGCUCAAAACAUGGUUGACGAUGGUUGUCGUGUCUGCUUGAAUUACAUAAUGAAUACCACGACAUAAAAGUGGUUAUGCACAUCUUUUCCCAUAGUUCUCCUUGGGGACGGAAGCAGUAGUAAUCGGCAAGGCCAGUUUGAAAAACAUCUUCAUUGUCAUCAUCUAAUUGGUCUCUUUCAAGUUUUGAUCUUAGAAUUUUAUGCCUGUUCUCUGGUUUUCUACAGUUCAAGAAUACUGUUUUGACAGAAGACUCAAUUAAUGGCAAAUUUGUCAUUCGGAAUGCAACCUCUUGUGCAGAUAUUUGCCUAUGUGAAAGCACUGUAGAACCUAUAGCAUGGAUUUGUUUUCUUUGUGAGCAGUUGUCUGGAAGUUGCUCCAAAACCUUUUUAAUUGCAGAUUUUAGUCCUUCAGGUUCAGACUUGCAAAUAUAUGUGCAGAUGUACAUAGCAACCCCAUAUACAUUGCGUACAAGCUGUAUAUCCAUGUUAGCUUUCCAUGCUUUUAAGAUGUGUGGAUUGUAGGCAUUUAUCAUGGAAUCAGUUUUUUGCCUCCUGGUAACAUAAAACCUAGAUGUAUUUCCCUGAUCAAUAUUGGUUUUAAUUCUGGUUUUUUCUGAUUCUGGUUUGGGAAAAUCAAAUCUGCAAAGCUUAUUUUUUUUGGUGCAAGACUUUGUGUGAUGAUGAGUUUGAAGUUUUUCUACCAAAUAUUUAAGUUCUGGGUCUGAGUCAUCAGGUAGAGUUGUCGACACAUAUUUAUCAAUAAAUGCAGGUGCAAGUGAUCGUCCAAACUCUGUUUGUAAGUCUGGGUGUUCCUUUGUCCAAAUAAACAUGUGAAUAUGAGGGCUACCUCGCAUUUGAAACUCAAUUCGCAAGAAAUAAUUCUCUAUUUCCCCUAAGGGUUUGUGUUUUCCUUUAAGAAUAUAUUUCAGGAAUGCUUGUUUUCUACGAUUAAACUGUUUUGCAACUAAUAUGGGGUUCUCUCUCAUUAGUUUCCAUUUGUCAGAAGAACUAAGUGUGUGUAAUUCUUUUUUGCCUUGGGUUAGUAGAUUGAAUAAAUCUGGCCACUGCAGAUCUGCAGCAGACAAAGUUAUGAACCAUGUUGGUGCACCUAAUGUGUUUAUUCUAGCUAAUAAAUUCAUUAACUCAUUUCUCCAGUAAGCAGGUGUACCUCUUAUUUGACGCAUAAAUACGUAAGAAUCCUCAAUUAUGUCGGCAUUAACUUUGCCUCUUAAAUCACCAGCUUUAAGUCUUUGAACACUAUUUGUUGAUGAGGAUUUCAUUCUUAGAGCAAUUGAGAUACAAUCACUAAGUUUUCUUGCUUCAUAAACAGAAUUUGCAAAGAAUAGGUAUGGUAUUUCAUUAGAAAAUCUAGUAUCCGAGUUCACCAGUCUCGACUGAAAAUAUGCCAAGUCUGUUAUUUUCUUUUUGCGUUUAGCUGAAAAACCAUUUUUUCCCCAUGGAAACAGCCAAGGAAAUGCUAAUUCUUCAAGUGGAGUUGUUAUUUGCCCUAAAAGUUUGACUGGGUUACUUGUAUUUACUGGAAAGGUAAAUGUGGAAUCUGUUUUGGCAUUUUGUUCUGAUAUGUUAGUGUUGAACAAAGACUUUUUUGAUACAUUUGGUAAAGCAUGCGACUGUGUUAUACUGCAUUCAAUUACAUCUGGCCACGAAUCUGUGCUACUACAUGGUUUAAUUUCACGUGAUAAACUGUUCGUUAUUUCGAUAUCUUUGUAGAGAAUGUUAUUUUGUUUUAGCCAGUGCAAUGCAUUGUAAACCUUGUGGUAAGACACUGGAUAUGCAGUAUCUGAUGAAUCAUUUGACUUGACAAAAAUUAUGUCAGAGUUUUCAACUGGUUUUGGUAGAUUCUUGCACAUUUUAGAUAUUUCUAUUGGAAAAUGUAUUGAUUGACCUUUUUCACCAAAUUGUCCACCAGGCAAAAUUACUAUGGUUAAGUAGAAAUGAAUUUUUGAAAUAAGGCGCUUUUCCAUAUCGUUAAGAUCCUUAAGCUCUGGGGGUAUAACUCCUGGAUCCAGGUUGUUUGUAUAUGCUAAAGGCGGUACUGGAGUACCACGAUUUAAAGAAGAAAGACACUUGCCACAAACUGUGUAGUUUGUACAUUCUUGGGAAUAGACCUUUUCUUCAUUUAUAAACAACAUUUUUUUACAGUAAUGACAAUUACUUUUUGGUAUUUGUUCAAUAAAGGACAUAAAGUUUUCCACAUCAUAUUUAAAAUCUUCCAGGUUUUUACCUUUAUUUGUUUUAAG